AUGAGUUCUUCACUCAUAACGACGCUUCCGACAUGCGCUCUGAAAUGUUUCAUAUCGGCCAUCAACAAUUCAACAUGUUCGUUGACUGACACCGCGUGUGCCUGCGGGAACGCCGCUCUUGCGCAACAGGCCACUGUCUGCAUCAGGAGCGGCGUAUGCACUAUUAGAGAGCAACUCGCCGCGAAAAACAUCACGAGCGCCUCCUGUGGCAUCGAGCCCGCGACGACCUACGCUUAUAUUCCCAUCACGCUUACCUUCAUUGCGCUGGCGGCAGUAACCGGGGGAGUUCGAUUAUUAUCACGUUUAGCUUUUGGACUCAAGCUCUGGUGGGAUGAUUGGAUGAGCUUCACGGCUCUGGCUGCCUGCAUUGGCUACACUGCCACGAUGGUUGCCUGUAAAAGCAGGGGGUUCGGCAUGGAUAUCUGGGCUGUUUCUUUCGAUGAGAUCCCAUUUUUGCUCCGGGUCAACUACGUGAUGAACGUCCUCUACGUCUUCACCCGCAUGCUCAUCCGAAUCUCCAUCGUCCUAUUUUAUAUGCGCAUCUUCCAAUUCGAUUCAGCUAAGCGCGUUAUGAGAAUCGCUAUGGCAGUCGCCAUAAUAGUAUCUAUGCCGGCAAUCUUUGGUAGCAUGUUCCUGUGUACGCCCAUAUCAUACUACUGGAUGCGAUGGGACGGGGGUGCGGAAGGCCACUGCGUCGACUCUCGAUCCUACAUUUGGUCUAUCUGGCUUAUCCUCAUUGUGAGCGAUCUAUUUAUCAUGGGCGCGCCGCUCCCCUUUGUGGUCAGGCUCCAGCUUUCAUGGAGAAGAAAGCUUUUGAUAUCCAUCAUGUUUUGUACUGGCCUCGUAGUUGUCGCUAUCACGGGAUACAAGCUUAAGCACAUCGAAGAAUUCAUCGGAAAAACAAAUCCCACUUACGACGUGGUACCAAUGGCCGUUUGGGCAGCUGUGGAACUGGAUCUUGGAGUGAUAUGCGCUUGUAUGCCCAGUAUGCCAGUGCUCUUCUACGGCAUGAGAGAACGCGUAAAAGGAACGAAGAGGAGUUCCCUAGUUACGCCCAAAUACCCAGGGUCAGGGUCCGCAUCUCGAUACGCCAUGAUCUCGGGUAACAAGUCAAGCGACAAAGGCCUCCAGUCGCUUUCUUCCCUCAACGGACAGCAGCCGCACUUUGAGCCGGAGAAUGGCCAGAUCGCUCUGGUGACCGUGGUUCAGCAGGCCAGGGAGACGUACGUCAAAGAAGAUGACAUUCCCCUUGACGACCGAAGUACGGAUUUUGUCAGGCCACGAAGAACUAAUUUUGAGAGUCGAGCAUGGUCAUGA